UCAACAGAGUAAGAAAGAGUUUAUAAGGUCAUGCUGUAAAGUGAUUUCUGAAUUUUUUGAACUGAGUCAUGGAGGAGAGUUUCCCUUUCCACAGUACUUUACUUGAUUUCUUGUUGACUUUGUUGGGGUUGUUUUUAUUCCUGCUGGAUGUGGGGCUGGACGUUUGGACCGUUGUAUCGUUCUAUCAGGAUGGGGCCUAUUGGUAUAUGGCAGUGCUGAUCUUUCUGCUACUGGGCUCUUCAGUAUUGUUACAGGUGUUCAGCUGGCUCUGGUACUCUGAUGGCUUGGAUCAGCUUGAGACUCGUGUGGAAAAUUUUGUAAACGGGCAUAAAUUAAUCAAACCAUUCCAUUUCAUGCAACUCGGAGUCUACCUCAGGUAUGCAGGGGUGGUGGAGAUAUCAACAUGCCGCUUACUUCGACAAACUGAUUGUUUCUAUGAGGGUGUGACUGUAGUCAUAAGCCAUGAUCUUCAGAUGCUUCGACUAAUAGAGACGUUUUCCGAAAGUGCUCCACAGCUCACUCUUAUGAUCUCUAUAAUCGUACACAGAGGAGAGCUGACGCCCAUUACAGGAUUAAAAACCCUCGCAUCAGCUGCUGCAAUUGCCUGUAAUGUUGUCAUGUACCACCGCUGCAUGCGUGCAUGUCUUCCUGAAAAACGACAGCUAGGCUUUACCUCCUCUUUUGUCUACUUCCUGUGGAACUUGGUUCUGAUCAUCGUGCGUGUAAUCGCUCUUGCACUCUUCUCCUCUGUACUGCCCUGCUACAUUGUCACCCAUUUCAUCUCUGUGUGGAUGCUGCUAGUUUUGGUGGCUUGGAGCCAGAAAACAGACUUUAUGGAAAUUUGGUAUUGGGAAUGGCUGUACAGAGCUACAGUUGGACUCAUCUGGUACUUCAGCUGGUUUAAUAUAGCUAAAGGAAAUACCAAAAUAAAGAGUAUUGUCUAUUAUGUUGUCAUGGGGCUGGACACAAUGGUGCUGCUUGGCUUAUGGUGCUGGAAGACAGUGGAGCAAGCAGGCUGUUUGAAACCCUUUGAUCCAUAUAUAGUGAUCCCUGUACUGCUAGUUUUGUACUUUUUUGGAAUUGGACUGAAAAUAACAUACUACAGAUGCCUCCAUCCAAACUGUGUUGAAUUAGAAAGAGCUGAACCACAUAAACUAGGGGAGAUGGGCCGAGAACCAGCAUGUUAUGAGGAGACAGACUCAGCUCAAGAGACUUCACCUGAAGCUCCACCUCCAGCAUCUCCAGCACAACCAAUCACUGGAGUUAACAAGAGAAUGAGGACUAUGGCUGCUAAUUUCUACUCAUAGUUCCUGGUUUAAAUUUAGAAAGACUUAUUUACCUACUCACUAAUCCUGUCAUUAUUUAACACAAGUUUUAUUUAUUAAAAAUAAUUUAUAAUUGUA